AUGGCGUCCAUGCUGGAAUUUCGUACCCCGGGCUACAACCCCUACGCCGUCAAAUACUCGCCUUACUACGACUCACGCCUGGCUGUCGCUACUGCCUCCAACUAUGGCAUCGUCGGAAACGGCCGCCUCUUCUGCCUGGGCUUGAGCGCCGCCGGCGUUCAGUGCGAAAAGUCCUUCGAAACAAACGAUGCCCAGUACGAUCUUGCCUGGUCCGAAAUCAACGAGAACCAGCUCAUCGUUGCUUGCGGCGAUGGCUCCAUCAAGCUCUUCGACUUGGGGGUUGAGAACUUCCCCGUCAUGAACUUCCACGAACACAAGCGGGAAACUUUCUCUGUUUGCUGGAAUCCCAUCACCAAGGACAGCUUCAUCUCCAGUUCCUGGGAUGGCACCGUUAAAUUAUGGUCCCCAACACGCAACGAGUCCAUCAAAACCCUCCCCGUCGGCUGCUGCACCUACAGCACCUCCUACUGCCCCUCGAACCCGGCCCUCAUCUCGUCCGUCUCUGCCGACUCCUCCCUGCGCAUCUUCGACCUGCGCACGCCCGUAACAGCCAAGUAUCACCUGACCAACGUGAUCCCCGUGCACGCGCCGGCCACGGGGGGGCAGGGCUACUCGCGCCUUGCCGACGGAUCGAUCUACUCGGGCGCGGUGCCCAACGAAGUCCUGACGCACGAUUGGAACAAGUACAACGACACGGUGAUCGCCACGGCGGGCGUCGACAGGAUCAUACGCACGUUUGAUAUCCGCAACCCGGCCGGCGGCCCCCUGGCCAUGAUGACAGGCCACGAGUACGCGGUCCGCCGUGUAGCGUGGAGCCCGCACGCCAGCGACAUUUUGGUGAGCGCCAGCUACGAUAUGUCGGUGCGCGUGUGGACAGAUGGGUCAACGAUGCCUCAGAACGUUCAGCAUAUCGUACCGAGUGGUCGUCAGCCCGAGACUGUCCGCGCGGGAACUCAGUUGGGCCUUAUGAACAGACAUACUGAAUUCGUUACGGGCGUGGAUUGGUGUCUGUUUGGUGCGGGCGGCUGGUGCGCAUCAGCUGGUUGGGACGAGAGGGUGCUACUCUGGGAUGCCGCGUCUCUGUUGCGCGGUUGA